ACAAAAAUUCUACUUCAACGCUGCUUCUUCCUCUCUCUCAACCAGCACUCGGUGAUAAAUACACAAUGAUGCUGCAAUUGCGUUCUGCGCCUGGUAUUCACGCCCGGGUUCGAGUACCUGCCGGUGGUUUGUCUGCUGUCAGAUGUGUGCGCUUUCAAUCGUCGAAAUUCAAGCCUUACUACAUCACCACACCCAUCUUCUACGUCAAUGCUUCACCUCAUGUCGGACAUCUGUAUUCGAUGGUUCUUGCGGACACGUUCAAGCGAUGGCAGCAAUUCCGCGGCCGCGAGACAUACAUGCUCACUGGCACGGACGAGCACGGAAUGAAAGUCCAGCAAGUAGCCCAAGAGAAAGGGCAAGACCCCAAGGAGUUUUGCGACGAAGUCUCGGUGACGUUUAAGAACCUUGCGAGCGCCGCGAAUAUCUCAAACGAUCGGUUCAUCAGAACUACGGAUCCUGAUCAUAUCGCGUCUGUGCACAAGUUUUGGAAUAGGUUGGUGGAAAGAGGGUACAUCUACAAAGGAGAGCACAAGGGAUGGUACUGCGUGUCCGACGAGACGUUUUACCCCGAAAAUCUCACGGAAGAGCGUGUCGACCACUCGACAGGCCUUCCCAAGCGGGUUGCGAUCGAGACAGGAAAGACGGUCGAGUGGACCUCUGAAGAAAACUAUUUCUUCGCAAUGUCAAAGAUGAAACAGAGGCUGCUCGGAAUCUACGAGUCUCGCCCAAAAUUUGUCGUGCCGAGACAACGGUUUAAGGAAGUGAAGGCCGAAGUCGCUGAUAGUACGGGCGACCUCAGUAUCUCUCGUCCUUCGUCGCGGUAUACUUGGGGUAUCCGGGUUCCUGGAGAUGACUCUCAGACAAUCUAUGUCUGGCUUGAUGCGCUUGUCAAUUACCUGACCGCGACCGGUUACAGUACUUCAGAGGAGUGCCCGUUGUGGCCUGCCAAUACGCAUGUGAUUGGUAAAGACAUUAUCCGUUUCCAUGCCAUGUACUGGCCCGCGUUCCUUCUCGCCGCUGGGUAUCAGAUUCCAAAGCGGAUCCUCGUGCACGGACACUGGCAGAUGAACGGUGCAAAGAUGUCAAAGUCUGACGGCAACGUCGUCGAUCCUUUCUACAUUCUCAAUCUCUUGGACACCGACGCUGCUCGGUAUUACCUUCUCUCGCACGCCAUCGUCGAUCGUGACUGCUCGUUCUCGACCGAGGCCGCUCUCGAGAGACGACGCACUGAUUUGGUGGGCAAAUAUGGAAAUUUGAUCAGCCGAGUGACGUCCAAGACAUUCUCUCUCGAAAUUGCAGUUUCACAGAUUAUGGAGCAAACAGGCGGCGAUUUCGCUACGUUCCAAGCCUUCGAGCAAACCAAAUAUAUCGGAGGACUGGAGGCCGACUUGAUCACUUCCCUUAACGAACUCUAUGAAAAACUCAUCGUACACAUGCAUUACAAUCACGAUACUCCGAGUGCGUUGAGAGAUAUCUGGGCGGUUUUAGGUGCCGCCAACCGGUACGUUGAUCUGGCGGAGCCGUGGAAAGCUAAGAGUAAGAGAUUAUUAUACCAGACGAUUUUCGUGCUGGGCGAGGUCGGCCGGAUUUCUUCGAUUCUGCUGCAGCCGUUCUUGCCUGAGUAUGCGGCUAGGGGAUUGGAUCAAUUGGGGGUUAGGCCGGAGAGAAGGACUCCGGAGUAUGCGAAGUUCAUGGCUGAUGACUUUUAUGGUAAUGAUGCAAACCGGGGUAAGCAUAUUAUGAAGGUCAUCAGAUGAUCUAGCAGUGAGUAUCGAGGGGAAGGUAAAUAGAACA